ACAUAUUACUCAAUUCGGCAAUGUUAACAACUUAUUGACAGAUUUUCACAGUGCUGACAACUCUAUCGGAUUUAUUUAAUAGCUGUUCGCCAUUUCGCGCUCAGUCAUAAAUAAAUUGAAGACAAACUAGAUUCAAGCAAACUAAUGGCCAGUACAUCACGAAAUGCCUCACGAAGACGCAAUGGAUCACAUUCCCAGCAAUCAACAAAUGCAACCCAGGCGGAAUCGCAACAUAUCGAGAUAGAUCAGCAAGUUCGCGCUAUUCUAAAUUACAUUCUAUGCCAUUCGGCUAAUAAAGUUCCGAUCAAACACAAUGAUUUGAUACAUCUGGCAGAUGGGAAAACGGAAGUCAGUAAGAGAUUUCCGUUGGUCACCCAACUGCUGGAAGAACGCUACGGCAUUAAGGUGGUCCAGCUCGAAGGAAAUCCCAAGAGAUAUAUUUGUAUAGCCGAAUCACCACCAACGUCCACCUUCGAACUAACCGCUGCACAACGUCCGCAAUUUACAUUGCUCUACAUUAUACUUACGUACGCCUUCUUACGCGGCUGUCGUAUUGAAGAAUCCAAGCUAUUUGCUAUGCUGGACAUGUUGGGAGUUAAUGUGCACGAGGAGCAUGAAUACUUUGGCAGCGAAAUAUCAAAACUGAUUGAGGAGACGUUUGUAAAGCAAGAGUACCUGAAACGAGAGCGAUCGCAACUGAGUCCCUACGACGACCCCAAGAUUACCUACGGCUGGGGUCAACGUGCAAAAUGCGAAUUCACGUAUCAGCAAAUAAUUCAAUUUGCAUCAAAAAUAUUUAACCAGGAUGUGAGCUUCUUUCAAAAGCAGCUUAUGAUGGCCGAAGCCAUGGAUAACCCUGAAAUGUUGCAAUCUUCUGAUCAAGUAGCAGAUGAGCCGAAUGUAAGCUUCACUGACUGCAAUAGUUUUAUGGAUAGUCAAUAGCUAGCAAUGUUAUUC